AGAAACUUAUUUCUUUGCGUUAAAGGAAAGACUUUUGAGAACACAAAAUUCAAUGGCUGUGAGCGGGGCAACAUAAACGCUACAACAACCACACAACAACGACAAAAACAACAAAUAGUAAUAUACAUGCAAACAAUGUAAUAAUGUCAACGCUUGCAGCAACAGCGCAAAGGCCAGGAGUCGCCAAGUCAAAGACACUUGUGGGAAAUGUGGCAAGCAAUGCUACAACGGCAACAACAACAACAGCAUCAACGACAACGACAACGAUAAUAACAGCAAGGACAACAAGAGUUACGACAAAAUUAAGCAAUCAAGAUAAUCACAAUGAGUAUGUCGCUGCCAACGCCGCUCAAGCGAAGCAUUUAAGGCACGCAACGCUGGGAAAUUUUAAUCAACAAAACGAGCAGCGCCCUGCCAAGCGCCAGCAACAACAACACCACCAACCGUUGAGGCUAAGCGCAGAGAUGAACGAUGUCAACAACAUGUGCGGCAUAACAGCAACAACAACAACAACGCCAACUGUAAUGUUGCACGAAAUGAAUGAUGUCAGCCGCUGCAAGCGCAUUUUAAGUAACAAUAAUUCAUGCUGCCGCGCUGAUAACUACAUUAAAUGGAAUUAUGAGCGCCAGGCUUUAGAAAGUGAUAAUGAAAGCGCGCCGCACACACGCUUGCAUAAGCAGCCAGCGCGCUACCACAUGCGGCGCGCCACCACUGUUUGCACAACGCCCAGAGUGGGCGCUUUAUCAGCGCCGGAAAUUUCAACACGCGUGUCAGCGUUACCCGCGGCGCUCGAUAGCCGGCAGGCAAAUGGGACAAAAACACGCACAAUCGCGCAACAGCAGCACUUGGCCCUAACGGCAGCAGUACUUAUCGCUGAGCCGGGUUUAAAGAGCGCAUCCGGCUCAAAAAGCACGAAUAGUGUUGGUGCUGCAAGUGACGCGCUCGCUGGCGAGGGUCGCGUGUGCAAACCCAUAAUGUGCAACAAAAAGCGCCACCUUAAUGCGCGCAUUGGCAAACAUAGAAGAAAGCAUUGCAAGCGCAAGCGGCGCUGCCACUCGCCGACCGACAGCGUCCGAACGGAAAUGGCUCAUACAAAAGGCGCAGUGAGAACGCGCGCGAUUAGGUGCGCGACAAAAAGUCCAAAAGCUCUGAAUUCGGGCGUAUUGACGUCAUUUCUUUUGAAUUCCACUUUGCUGGCAUUGUGUAAUGCCACCGCCGCCACGGCGCUCUCUGCAGUGGCGGCAACACUCGGCGAAACUAUUAAUAGCUCCAUGGCCGCUGAGCCGCCCCCAUUAGCGCCCGCUGCCAGCAGUGUUGGAAGUGCGUAUGAAAACGUCAGCGCUACUAACGGUAAUGGCAGUCACGGUGGCAGUCAAAUAGCUUUUCCAAAUGGCGGCACUAGUGAUAUUAGUUUUAAUGACAGCGACAUAAUGCUGGACGAAGAUGAUCGCGAAUAUAUUUUCGACCGCACCGAUGUGCGCAUCAUUUUUAUAACGCUGUAUUCUCUGGUGUUUUGUUGCUGCUUUUUCGGAAACCUACUUGUGAUACUGGUUGUAACAUUAUCGCGGCGCUUACGCUCAAUAACGAAUUUCUUCCUAGCAAACUUAGCAUUAGCCGACUUCUGUGUGGGUCUAUUUUGUGUGAUGCAAAAUUUAUCGAUUUAUCUUAUAGAAAGCUGGGUGUUUGGCGAGUUCCUUUGCCGCAUGUAUCAAUUUGUGCACUCGCUCAGUUACACGGCGUCGAUUUUCAUUCUCGUCGUCAUUUGCAUGGAGCGUUACUUUGCCAUUGUCCAUCCAAUUACGUGUAAGCAGAUCUUAACGGCGACUAGAUUAAGGAAUGCCUUUUCUUCUAUUUACUCCGCCAGGUCACGUUCAUAUCGCGGUGAUUCGAAUUUCAAUGCGCUGCUCACACCGCUCACCUUCCUCGUCACCUACUUCAAUUCGGGCAUUAAUCCGUUGCUCUACGCCUUUCUAAGCCGCAAUUUUCGCAAGGGCAUGAAGGAGCUGCUGAUGUGUUCCUGGAAGAAGGGCAAGGGCAAAUCAUCGUCGAAUUCAUCGAUGCAUCACAAGCGCGUGGCUUUGCAGACUCACUCGCUACCAACCGACACAACGCAUAUUGGCAACGAACAGCUAUGAUGACCCAUUCGUCGCGUUCGCAUACAACGGCGAGCUUUUGGCACAGCCUCGUAAGCUUUUUACCCGUCGCAGCAUAUACCUACCUACAUACCUAGUAUAAAGACUAGUCAUAUAUUUACAUAUAUGUAUAUGUGUUUGUACAACUGUUGGUAAAUAAUUAUUAUAUUGUGGGUUGAAGGUGUACUCAUUUGUUUUUGUUAGUGCUUUGCUUUCAAUUAUUUUGAAUUUUUCCUAUCGUACGUUAUAAGAACUCUUCGAAUUUUAAGUGAAAAUCAAACAAACAAUCGCUGUGCUAUAGCUUUUCCUUGUAAUUAUGCAGAUUUAAGCAACUUUUUUAUCAAUGUGAUGUUUUCGAAGCUUCAAAUGUGAUUAGUGAUAACGGUUUUUGGCAUAAAAUAAAUAUUUGAUAUUUGUAGAAAAUAAUAUAGUUUAAGAUAACUACAAGUAAGUAGUGU